AUGUAUCAAGGAUUCUGCCCAACAUUGGAACUCCUCCCCGCAGCUUGUGACUAUUUCUACCCUUCCCUUCCCGGCAACACUCUUGACAUGGCACAAAUGUCGUGGAACACAUUGUCAUGGAACAGAUGUCACUGUACAAUUCAACCAAUCACCCUCCUGUUAUCUCUGUUGAUUGUUCUCCUUUUCAAGAAAGUGAUUAACGACUGUAUUAGGUCACCGUCACUAACCCACCCAUCAUUUGACACCAUCUUCUUCGCCUUCUACAGAUACGGAGCUGGAUACGACCUCGCGGCCCGCCGGAAGAACGCCACCAGGGAGUCGACGGCGACGCUGAAGGCGUGGCUGAACGAGCACAAGAAGAACCCCUACCCGACCAAGGGGGAGAAGAUCAUGCUGGCUAUCAUUACCAAGAUGACGCUCACCCAGGUGUCGACGUGGUUCGCCAACGCCCGCCGGCGGCUGAAGAAGGAGAACAAGAUGACGUGGGAACCUCGCAACAAGACGGACGACGAUGACGCCAAGCUCUCCGACGACGACGACGACGAGAAGGAACCCGGAGACAAGGAUGACGACGACAUCAAGAAAGUCGACAAGGAUGGAGAUGCCUCGAGUAAGUACACAGUUUUAGUUCUUCGAAGAUAG